CCACAAGCACGAAAAAUGAUAACCAUUGGUAACACUGAGUCUAAUGAUUUGCUUGUGAAGUGCAGUGAAGUGGUGGAGAAGAAGUAUGCUGGGGUUGACGUUAUGGAUGCUAAUGGGAACGGGAAAAGGAGUUUACCAAAGCUCCGUGAACUUAUACGACGCCAAAGACACGAUUCCGAUGGUGGCGGAUGCGAUUCUCCAGACCUGGAUUUUAUUUAUGAUGACACAGACAGCUAUGCGAACGAAAUUGCAGAGCUUUAUAGCUACACAGAGCAGCCUGAGCUUCAGCUCAAUGUCAAGGCUUUUGAAGAUCAAAUGGAACAGUACGGGCUGUUACCCAGCUGGCAGAGAUUAUCAAUUCCACAGAAGAAAUCUAUUAUCAUGAAACUGCUUGAUCAGCUGGAAGUUAGUAGUAAACCUCUGCGGAUGAGGGCAGCAAGAUGUAUAUUGUACAUAGCACAAGGAUGUUGGGCUGAAAUGCAGUCUGACGCUGAGCAGCAGGAGUGGGCAAGGAAGAACUGCAUGAUACUGUAUGAUUUAGGUGUAUUCAGUGCAUUCACUGAUCUUUUAAAUAUUGAAAUUGAAAAUAGCGCUGCUGCAAGAGUUGCAAUGCGUAAACUGGCUGUAUCUUUAGCGGAUUCUCAAGAUUUACGUGUUAUAUUAUCAGUGCUUUACACCAUAACAGAAGUUAUAAGAAAUGAAAAAGUGCUGGAUUCGUCUGAGUAUAAGAUGCAAGUUGAAGCUUUCUGUAACGAGAUAGCAAAUCCGAAUGGAGAUGAGCUGAUGGUCGUGAAAUUGUUGGGGAUGGUUACUAGGUUUUGUAGUGGUGUUGCGCCACAUUUUCCAAUGAAGAAAGUACUUUUGUUGCUUUGGAAAUUGAUACUGGUAUCGUUAGGAGGGAUGGAAACUUUGAAGCAGUUGAAAGCGGAGCGAAGGAAACGUGCUAAUCUGCCUCCGCAGGAUGAAGACACUAUGGACAUAGCAAAGACUAUGAGGGCUUCUUCUCCUCCAGCAAGCGCCUCCGAUUUAAUAGAUACGCAAAAUCAAAAAAGGAAUACCAGACCGUUUCGUAGAGGGUUGAUAAAACAAAGCUCUUUGGAUGAUCACGAAUCGUUGGGGAUGGAAAUGGAAGGUGCGCUAGGGGGUGAGAACGGCGAUGAAGGAACAGAUUUAACAGCAUACGAUGAGAGACGUCCAAUGGAGAACGGAGAAAAUAAUACUCAAAUGCUCAGUAACUUCCAAAACAGGCCCAGCUCUCCGACGCCGAUACCUUUGCCCUUACCGAAGGGCUUACCUUGGAAGCCGAAAGUACGACAAAAAGAUAUUGAUCUAUUCCUGGAGAACGCGAGAAUGAAAUUUGUUGGAUACAAUUUACAAGGAGACCGUGAAAGCUUAGCUGGGCUACCGCAACCAAUUCACGAGGGUGUACAGAUCUUGAAAGAUCAUAUGUAUACUUCUAUAGCUGAGCUGCAGAUUUUGAAGGAGGAAGAGAUCGCCAGGAAUCCUCUGUCGACGAAGGAGGAUGAGAUCGAAAUGACACCGACGGAGAUUUUGUACCAAGCAAUGCUGCCUAACUUACCUCAAUACAUGAUCGCACUUUUAAAAAUAUUGCUCGCCGCCGCACCUACCUCUAAAGCUAAAACAGAUUCCAUAAACAUCAUGGCAGACGUUCUACCAGAAGAAAUGCCUAUGACAGUUUUGCAAUCGAUGAAAUUAGGAAUUGAUGUAAACAGGCACAAGGAGAUCAUAGUGAAGGCUGUUUCCGCGAUAUUGCUUCUUCUACUGAAACAUUUUAAGCUAAAUCACAUUUACCAAUUCGAAUUCAUGUCGCAACAUUUAGUAUUUGCUAAUUGCAUACCAUUAGUACUGAAAUUCUUUAAUCAAAAUAUCAUGGCUUACGUUGGCGCGAAGAACAUGAUUCCUAUACUGGAUUUUCCAUCCUGCGUGAUAGGUGAUCAGCCGGAACUGACGGCGGAUAGUUUGGAGAUUGGCGAUUCCACCUCUUACUCUUGGCGAAAUAUAUAUUCUUGUAUAAAUUUGCUCAGAAUCCUAAACAAGCUGACCAAAUGGAAACACUCUCGUAUUAUGAUGUUGGUUGUCUUCAAGUCCGCGCCUAUACUGAAGUGCACCUUGAAAGUCCGACAUGCUAUGACUCAGCUUUACGUGCUGAAGCUGAUGAAGAUGCAAACCAAAUACCUUGGUCGACAGUGGAGGAAGUCGAAUAUGAAAACCAUCAGCGCUAUUUACGCUAAAGUCAGGCAUCGUCUUAACGACGAUUGGGCCUUUGGUAACGAUUUAGAUGCGAAGCCUUGGGACUUCCAAGCUGAGGAGUGCGCUCUCCGUGCGUCCGUUGAUAGGUUUAACAAUCGCCGUUACACAAAUAAACUGAAGGAUGCGGAUUUCGAACCGGUGGAUAACUGUCUUAGUAGUGUACUUGGUAACCAGCACGAGCUUUCCGAUAACUUCAAGAGGCACUACGGACUCUGGCUUGAGCAGGAGGUCUUUAGUGUAUCCAUUGAAUGGGAAAAACUUCUGGUCGAUCAUAUUUAAUGUGUCUAAUAUUAGUUUUGUGUUUCAAACUCCACCACAUCACUGCAAGAUAAUUCAUACAUUUCGUUAUACCCCUAUUGGUAAUAUUAAUUCGACGAUUAUAUUUAAUUAUCUUUUUUUUCGCAAAAACAUAUUUAUUCAUUA